ACUAGCCCCAGUACUCUCUCUGGGGGGAGAGGGGGAAAAAGAAAGAAGAAUGCGAGCCGGGGCAUGAGUCGAGCUCCUCUCUGUUCUUUUUUGACACAGCUCAACACAUUUCAUCCACUGGAAACUCCGGGUUAUCCCUCGACGUUAUGGGCGUACCUACGUGUUUCUGCAUCACAGAGGAGUAAGGUGAGGGACGGGGUCAUAGCUCCAUAAAUACUUGGUGUGGCUGAGGCUUUGGAUGGACCCUGGAGGAGUACAUACUGCUGGAGGAGCUUUACGCACAGGAGAGGAGCGCUGACUUUUCUGCAAGCUGAUACCUCAUUUGUAGAAGCGCUGACUGGUAAAAAGCCUCCUCAGUUACCACCGGGAAAGUUGUGGUGCCUCUGUCCAAUAUGGAAAGUCUAUGAUUCUGUAUUUAGUAGAGAUACAAGUGGUUUUACUUUUCUCACAGAGUGCGAUGUAGUUCAACUUCACACCCCCAAAGUGAACUUGUCAAGAUGACAGCGCUUACACCCCUGAGCCGUGCUGUGCUUGGACUCGCGUGGAGCUGCUUGAGUUUUCUGUCCUGCGCUCAUUGCGGCUUAAGUGACAACCAUGUGCACUCCAGUUUUAUUUACAGGAGGUUGCGCAAUCACGAACGCAGGGAGAUCCAGAGAGAGAUCCUCUCCAUCCUGGGCUUGCCUCACCGUCCGAGGCCCUUCUCUCCCGGUAAGCAGGCGUCCUCCGCGCCGCUCUUCAUGCUCGACCUGUACAACGCCAUGGCUGUGGAGGCGGAGGAGGAGGAGGAGGAGGGAGCGCAGCACGGCGCGGGGAAGAGCUUCAGCGCCAAGGCUCAAGGGCACUCCAGGAAAGGUUACUACAGCCCACAGCAGGCCGGCUACUCCCGUGUGGCACAGCCUUACCGAGCGGCCCCUCUGUUAGGCCACAGCCCCGCACUCACCACAGCGCACGACACCAACUUUCUCAAUGAUGCCGACAUGGUCAUGAGCUUUGUCAAUUUAGUGGAGAAAGAUAAAGAUUUUUCUCACCAACGGAGGCACUACAAGGAGUUCCGCUUCGAUCUGACUCAGAUCCCGGACGGAGAGGCAGUGACUGCUGCAGAGUUUCGGAUCUAUAAGGACCGCAGCCAUGCUCGCUACGACAAUGUUACUCUGAAGGUUACCAUAUAUCAAGUCAUCAAGGAAUAUCAGAACAAAGAUGCAGAGACGUUCCUGCUCGACUCCAAAAAGGUCCAGGCAUCCGAUGGGGGCUGGCUUGUGUUUGACAUCACGGCCACCAGUAACCACUGGGUGAUGAACCCGCAGCAGAACCUGGGCCUGCAGCUCUGCGUGGAGACUGUGGAUGGCCGAAGUAUCAACAUAAAGUCUGCUGGAAUCAUUGGGAGGAAUGGGCCCCAGUCCAAACAGCCUUUCCUGGUUGCUUUCUUCAAGGCCAGUGGGGUGUUGCUUCGCUCUGUCAGAGCUGCUGGUGGGAAAAAAAAGAACCACAAUCGCAAUAAAUCUACAAAUCAACAAGAAUCAUCUAGGGCACCAAAAACUGGAGAUUACAACACAAGUGAACAGAAGCAAGCCUGCAAGAAGCAUGAACUCUAUGUCAGUUUUCGAGACUUAGGCUGGCAGGAUUGGAUCAUUGCACCUGAGGGCUAUGCUGCUUUUUACUGUGAUGGUGAAUGCUCUUUUCCACUCAACGCGCACAUGAAUGCAACAAAUCAUGCGAUUGUGCAAACCCUGGUCCAUUUAAUGUUUCCUGACAACGUGCCAAAGCCAUGCUGUGCCCCGACCAAGCUCAACGCAAUAUCAGUGCUUUACUUUGAUGACAGCUCGAACGUCAUCCUCAAGAAAUAUAGAAAUAUGGUAGUUAGGUCUUGUGGUUGCCAUUAGUGACUGGGCUAACUUUAAUUUAUGCUAUCUGGUAAGGGAAUCGCUGGAAAACACAUCUGCUGCAGGUGUGAUGUGAUGUACAGUAUUAUGUAUAUAAAGUUUUAUUAUCUAAUUUAUUUUCUUUUUUUAAAAAAAAUAGCACUGAAUAUUGUGAUAUUUAAAUGAUUAGGACAAAAUGUUGAUUUUACCUUACGUCAGUUAUCAGUUAACUUUUGUGUCCGUUGGCAUAUACUCCCUCUUAGUUACAUCCGUAUAACUUUUAUGAGUUAACUAUUCACUGGAGUCAUCUUGAUACAUAAGAUCGCUUCCCCUUCUGCUGGUUUUUCCCCUUUUACAAUGCGUUUGUGCUAUAAAUGUUCACUGAGCCUUUGUCUAUUAGUUUGUCUCUAUUAUGGACCAACGAUUAUAAAAGACAGAUACAUACAGAGAAAUGUUCCAAAAUGCAGCAUGACAGCUAAAUCUGAUAAAAAGGGAGACAGCAGGGUGCAGUGGUGCCCUCAAGGGUGGCUGAGGGGGGCCAUGGCCCCUUUAAGUAUUUGCUGCCCC